UGAACCAGACUUUUUAUUUUAAAUAUGCAGAAUUUGAAAAACAAGUUUUCUUCUCGACCAACCCCCGGGCGCGAGGCGUCCACAAAUACAGCCGAACCAGCGUCUCUGAUGAAUUCGGCAGAAAACGUGACGGCCGAAUCGGAUGUAACGUUCAAUUCAGCCGAAGAGAAUGAUGCGGAUAACUCCCUCUUGACUAAUACAUUGCCCGACCGUCGCAGUCGCUCCCCUUUGCGAAAGCGGCAAUGUGAGGGCUUCUACUCGCUGGGCGGGGCUUCGGAUUCAGAAUCUGAAGGAUCCCCGAUUCCGAAGAUCAGUACAGCAACUAGAGGUAAGAAAUCGAGUCGACACACGUCCUCGUCUACCAAACGGUUCACCAAGACGAAGGGGACUAAAGCUGAGGAAGAGGGCUGCAACCGCGCCUCGAAGACGAAGACUAGGUCUACUACUCGACUUCCAAAAGCUCAAUCCCUGGAGUCUGUGAGCGGCAUAGUUUGUCCGGAUAUACCCGAGGAACCGUCCUUGUUAGACAUGACACAACUGAGAGACAUAGCGCAUCAGUGCCUUUCGGCCGUGACUGAAGUAAAAAAUAAAUCUCGUCACCUGCAAGGAACAAUGCAGAAGACUCUCAAGCAGGCUCAAAACGUGCUCCAAGUUGUGAUCGACGAAAUGGCAGAGCGCACCCUAAGUGGCGAAGCCAGGAAAACUGCGCGAGACAAUAAGAAUCUCCGGAAAGAAAAAGAGGAGUUGACGAAAGAGGUUCAAUCACUUCGUAGGAGUCUCUCGGAAAGGGUGGCUGCAACUCCAGCUGCGGCUCCCUCUACCACCCCACCUGCAAAAACCUCUUCCAUCUCUCCCAUGGACACGACAUGCGCGCCCAGUACGGACGCCACGAAUCAGGAAACGCUGCUCCUCUCUCUUGGUAAGAUGAUCGAAGCCAGCCUUGAUGCUCGAUUUGCCCGUCUUGAGGGGAUGCAAGAUCGACUCAACCCAAUGCCAGUAUCUCGGCCUCCCUUAGCGGCUGACAGUGCAGCUACUGUUAAGACGGUAGCGAAAAAGAAGGCAGCUAAACAACUGCCAAUGCCCCCUACCCCUGCAGAGACAAGCAAUAAGACGUAUUCCAUGGUUGCUGCUGCCUCUACGGCCUCACAAAACUCGGUGAAGGCUGCGCCCAAGACAGUACCUAAACCUACAAACGCAUCCAAACUUCCUGCCAAUGCUGGACCUUCCCGCCCACCUGAGAGCAGAAGAAAUGUCCAGAGACCUGAAACCCAGCCACCUACGACCUCAGCAGUCCAGGCGGCUUCAAGUGCGGAGCAAUGGACCAAAGUGUCCCAUAAAAAGCGGAAGAAGAAUAAGAAGAAUUCCUCUCAGUCUUCCUCCGCUCCACAGAAUGUCCCAUCACGGAUCCCCAAGUCUGGGAACCGUUCUAAAGGAGGGGUCUCUCUUACCCCACCUCGCACCUCUGCUGUAGUAAUAUCCUUACAGCCAGAGGCUGUGGAGAAAGGAGCAAGCUACGGCGAGGCCAUUAAAAAAGCUCGGGAAGUUCUCUCCCUCGAUGAACUAGGAAUGGACCAUGUUCGCUGCAGAAGGACGGCCACGGGAGCCAGAAUGCUGGAGAUAUCUGGUUCCCAGAGCGGUGAAAAAGCUGAUCAACUAGCUGUCAAGCUGAAUGAAGUGUUAGAGGGGGUCGCCCGAGUGGCACGCCCCGUGAGAAGAGUCGGUCUCCGUAUAACGGAGCUUGACGACUCCGUCUCAAAAGAGGAGGUCAUCGAGGCCAUUGCAGCUAAAACUGGCUGUCAGAAAGAGGCCAUCAAGGCGGGUGAAAUCCGUCCUGGGCCAAGAGGCGUGGGUGCCAUCUUGGUUUCGUGCCCGGUGACUGCUGCGCAGGUUCUAUCCACUGGCCGCCUUCUGGUGGGCUGGUCGUCCGCAAGGGUGUCCUUUUUAGAGUCCCGCCCUCUACGGUGCUUUAAAUGCUUAGGGCUGGGGCACACCAAACAACUGUGUCCCUCAUCGUCGACCCGUAACGAACUGUGUUUCAGGUGUGGGCAUCCUGGGCACAAGUCCACCAGCUGUUCGGCAAAGAUCAGGUGUGCAGUUUGUGCGGAUGCUGGAAAAGCCUCCGACCACAUUAUGGGGGGGAAAUCAUGUAGACCCCGUCCUGUCAGGGGGAAAGCACCAUUAGUUGUACAGAUCCCAACAACUCCGGUGACCAGUGGUGUUCAAUCACAAUCGGCAGAGAUGGAGACGACUAGCGUGGAACCCUACGAUGGCAUUUAGGCCUAACACGCUUUUCCUACAGUCGAACCUUAACCAUGCCACCAGGGCCCAGGACCUGUUUCUGGCAAACCUAGUGGCGUGGCAGAUUGAUAUUGCGGUAGUGGCUGAGCCCUACUACAUAUCUACUCAGUCCAACUGGGCUGGCUCAACAGAUGAGACAGUUGCCAUUGUCAGUCGAACUGACUCUCAAGCACCUCCACUUGAAAUCCGAGAAAAGGGGCUAGGAUACGUAACAGCAAAGUGGAAGGAUAUAGCUGUUGUUGGGGUCU